AUGCAUGUUGCACUGAGGCCACGGAGUGGUUGCCUGGUGCUCUGUCUGUGCCUGUCAGUGUUGACUCUGCUGCUGCAAAGCCUUUGGGUGCCGGUUGAGAUGACCAGGGAUGAGCCUGCUGGGAGGUCACCUGAGGAACAAGGUCAGCGUGGUCUCAACUUCAGAAAGCUGGCUCUUCGUCUGGAGGCUUUGAGUACUCAGGUGCAGAGACUGAGCAGAGAGAGAGACGUCACCAAAGAUGAUCUCAGCCUGUUACUGCAGAGCUUCAGGGAGAACCAACAGGGCUUGGCCCGCCUGGUAGAGAGGGAGCUGAAGAGAGUGUCCCAAAGGCUUGACCAGCUCAGUCGUCACCAUCAUCUUCAUGAGUCCCACAUGCCGACAACACAUGAUGACCUCAGACCACACACAAGGCCCAGUGAGAAGUGUGAAGUACCAGUGGAUCCUGCAUAUCCACUGUGCGCAGAGAAAGUAGAGUUUCUGCAGGCUCGAUGGCAGGCUGACCCCUGUUAUGCCUUCUAUGGAGUAGAUGGUACGAUCUGCUCCAUACUGACUUACCUCAGUCAGAUAGAAGACUUCUGUCCUCCUCGACUUGGAAGGAACAGCUCUGUGCUGCCCUGGCAUCAGAAACCUCGCUCUUAUAUAGAGAAGGCUGAAAUUCGCACAGCUUUGACUCCUCUGUAUGAGGUCAUCAGUGACAGCAGUAGUCCUGCCGUGAGCUUCAUCCAGUCCAGGGUGGAGAGGAUGUCUGACCGCUGGAUACAGGCCGGCCUGAGGAUGAGACAGAGUAAAAACAAGACAGUCUCCAACAGGAUGAGGGUGCUGCUGUAUCCCGGCACUCUGUCUGGAAGUGUUGGUCAGCGUUUUGAAGCCCUGGUGAACAGAGGGGGUCCUCUGGGAGAGCUGGUCCAGUGGGCUGACCUCAGUGCCUGUCUGACGAUCCUGGGACACAACCUCACCUUCAGCACCUCACAGGAACAACUGCACAGUCUGAUUGGUGCUGCUCCAGGCAAAGGCAGCUGUCCAAUCCAGAGGCCCCUCAUCUUUGACCUCAUCUACACCGACUACCACGGCCUAUCUCACCUCCAAGGAGCCAUGGGACUGGCUUUCCUUCAUUACAAGUGUCGCUUCAGGAUCCUGGACUCUUUUGGCACUGAACCAGCCUUUAACUUGGGCAGCUACGCACGAAGCAGAGGAUACAGAACACUGUGGGGCAGCUGGACCCUGCAGCCUCUGCAGUACAUGACCAUGUUCCCGCAUACUCCAGAUAACUCAUUCCUUGGCUUUGUUAGCGAGGAAGUAGCGAGAAGGGAGUUGAGAGAGGAAGAGCUGGAGCCAGAGAGCUAUAGGAAGGACAGGAUAGCCGUCAUCUACGGCAAACAGGACUACAUGUGGCAGGGUAAAUCUGAAUAUGUUGGGCUGAUUAAUGAAGAACUGGAGACCCAUGCAACAGUCUACCAGCUUGCAGGACAUGCCUCUAAUCUGCCCAGCUUCAUCAAAAAUCACGGCCUGCUGACUCAGGAGGACUUUCUACGGCUUCUUCGCAGAGCCAAGGUGUUUGUGGGUCUUGGAUUCCCCUAUGAAGGUCCAGCUCCCAUCGAGGCGAUAGCUCUGGGUUGUGUUUUCCUUCAGCCCCGGUUUGACCCACCACACUCUGCAGAAAACAAUGACUUCUACAGAGGAAAGCCCACCUCAAGACAGAUCUCCUCUCAGCACCCUUAUGCUGAAAGCUUCAUUGGUAAACCUCAUGUGUGGACAGUAGACAUGACCAACAAAACAGAUGUACGGCAGGCGGUCCAAGCAAUUCUGCAAACACAGGUGAAGCCCUUCACUCCUUUGGAGUUCACAUGUGAAGGCAUGCUGGAAAGAGUUCACAGUUAUAUCACUCACCAGAACUUUUGCACUGAAUCAGCUCCUACUUGGCCUCCUGAAAGUGCUCUAAGGAUUCACUUGGGUCCCCUUGGUCAGUCAUGUGUGAGCGUAUGUCGGCGGUCCUCCCAUGUAUGUGAGCCUGCUCUGUUUUACCACCUGAACACUCCUGCUGCAUUCACCAGACUUGGCAUCAGCUGCUCCAGCACAGCGCAGGAAGCCAACCACCUGUUUCCCUCUUACAGCCCUUGGGGUCGACACUGUGGCCUCCAGCAGGAGCCUCUGCUAUUUAGCUGUGCCGGCUCUGACCUGUCUCAUCGGAGGUUGUGUCCCUGCAGAGCUCACUUACCUGGACAGGUGGCUCUGUGCCCUGACUGCCUCUAA